AAACAUCUACACAGAUGAGCCAAGGCGGCAAGGAAUCCUGUCUAAAGGCAUGUCGGAACUCACAGCACUCACCAGCCUAACACUUGCUGGAAACAACCUGGAGGGCGGCCUUCCCAAAAGUUGGUCCACUCUGGUCAAUCUGGAAGAUCUCAAUCUGUCAUUCAACCACCUCCAGGGCGACAUACCUGAAACGCUCUCUGCACUCACCGCCCUCAUUGCCCUAGAUCUAUCCUGGAAUUACCUGUCAGGGGAGAUACCCCGAGCAUUCACCACCAACAUUCAAACAUUGUCCCUAAGCUACAAUGCCUUUGACGGUCGCAUCCCACCACACCUCGCAUUGCCCAGCCUCAUAGACCUGGCUCUGACCGACAAUCUUUUCACAGGAGCCAUUCCCUCCACCUUCACACACCUCACCGGCGUCACUAGUCUGGAUUUGUCCAACAAUAGUCUCAGCGGAGGCCUGGAAGUGGUCGCUCAAAUGACAUGGCUCACGCACAUAUACCUUGACAGUAACAACUAUUCAGGUGUCAUUCCAAAGUCUUUCACGGCUUUUGACCGCCUCUCGUUCAUACACAUUGGCGACAACAAUUUCUCUGGGCCGUUUCCUAGAUCUCUUCUAGCCCAUAAGGGACUUCAAGUGUUAAACUUGAGGAACAACAGUUUCUCAGGGACCAUUCCCCAGCAGCUGACAGAACUGGUUGAUCUUGUGGACAUCGAUUUGACGGACAAUAAAUUCCAUGGGUCGAUUCUACCUGAGCUGUUUCAGCUGCCUCAGCUGUCCUCACUACAACUGGGCAACAACUUCUUCUCAGGCGUCCUUCCAGUGCCACUCAAUGCGGCACCCACUCUUAAAAUUCUGGUUCUGGAGGGAAACGGCCUUACAGGUGCCUUACCGGACUUUGCUCGCUGGAAUGUCAACCUCAGGAGCCUGGCUCUCAACAACAACAACUUCACGGGAUCUAUUCCGAAUUCCAUUUCCACACUGACCACUCUCGAUUCAAUCAUCCUCAACAACAACCAGCUCACUGGUUCCAUACCAGCUUCCAUCUUCAACAUGACCAAUCUCAAGUUCCUCUACUUAGCCAAUAAUCAUCUGAGCGGCAGUCUACCAUCAGACAUCAACCAACUGCAGAAUCUGGAGCAGCUUUGGUUGGACAACAACAGCAUCGAGGGCCCUCUGCCAUCUGCCAUCUGUUCGCUUCCCUUCCUGUGGCGCAUCAUGGCGAGCAACAACCGCCUCUAUGGGUCCCUUCCAGACUGCCUCUUCAACAAAUGUGUGAAUCAAAUUGAUGUGAGCAGCAACAGCCUGUACGGGCGCAUCAACCGCAACUUCAAGAACAUGGUGGCAGAUGGAGACGCUCUCAUCAACUUGGCUCACAACUUCUUUUUUGGUGAUGCCGUGCUCUUUGCUGCCGGCUGCCAGAUCUGUCCGGUUGAAAUCACCAAGCCCAACAACCUUCUGCUGGGGGAUACCAGUUCCGGCCAAGGGGCUGGGAAGUGCAUUAAUGGCAUAUCUGGGAAGAAGGAUUACUCAGUUGCAGAACCAGGCAAGGGCGUGAGGGUGAGCCUGUUGGGCAACUGCCUGACGCUCAGCCCGGACGCGGAUUGCCCCUCCAACGCCACCCAGCGCAGCACGGCAGCCUGCCAGGCGUUCUGCAGCAUCACGGACAACGGCCCGUGUGACGGCCAUGGGGAGUGCGUGCUGCCUGCCCCUUCCUCUCAAUCCAACUUCACCUGCCUCUGUCAUGCCGGCUACUCUGCUCUUGACUUGGGCAACGGCUCCACCUGUGUAGUUGUCAACUCCACCACCACCACUGUCCCCUCGCUCUCCACGGGUGCCAUAGUGGGCAUUGCUGUGGGCUGCUUUGCUGGCUUCACUCUGCUGGCUUUGGUACUCACAUGGCUAUUGUGGCCCCGCAAACAGAGGAAGUGGGAGGGGCUGGACGUGUGUGAGCAGUACACGCUGCAGGAGAUGGUGAAGGCAACAAACAACUGGGCGAAAGAGAAUGAGCUCGGCAAGGGAGGCUUUGGCAUUGUCUACAAGGGCUACUCCCCACAGGGGCAGCUGUGGGCUAUCAAGCGCUCUACCGUCAUGACGAAUGAGUUUGAAACAGAAGUGGGGGCUAUGGCCUCCCUGCACCACACGAACCUGGUGCGGCUGCUGGGUUUCUGUUUGGAUCAGAAUGUGGAGACAGGCAAGCAGGAGCAAAUCCUGGUGUACGAGUUUGUGGACAACAGAGACUUGCAGUACCACAUUUACAAGUCCAAGCUGAUGCAAUGCAUCUCAACGUGUACACACGUUCCUUGUGCCCUCGCUCUGCCCCAGGCCCCCUCUCCUUGA